UGAACGCUUCAAUAUGUCUAAACCAAGAGAUUACAGCAGCCAGACCUACAGCCCCAGUGGCUCAGGACCGGCCAAAAGCUACCCGACCAACAAAAAAAUCGACCCGUCUGGUAAAUCCAAGGAGAAGGACGACAUGGUUGGACUCAAUGACAAGUUCGUCAGGUUGAUUGACAAGAUGAAACAGCAGGAGGAUGAGAACCAAAAGCUGGACACUAAGUUGAAGAUCCUCAAGGAGCAGGAGGACUACGAGGGGAAGGUCGACGACAUUGUGAAGCAGCUGGAGAACGAGCUGGAGCAGCAGAUCGAGAACUUGCUCCGCGACCAAGAAAAGCUCAAGGCCGAGCUGCUCAAGAACCAGGAGGAGGUGGAGGACACCAAGAAGAACUAUGAGGACGAGUUGAAAAAGAGAGCUGAACGGGAGAAUGAAUUUGUCGUCACCAAAAAGGAGGUAGAUGAAGGUCAGCUGGAUUUAGUAGAUCAGGCUCUGGACCUGGAGGACCUGGUAGGGAAGCUGGACUUCCGCAGGGCUGGCUUUGAUGAGGAGAUCAAAGAGCUGCAGUCUCACAUCCAGAACGAGACAGUGGUGUUACGUGACAGCAGCAAACGGUCGCUGGACAUGGACGAGAUCAUCGAGAGUGUCAAGAAGCAGUAUGCCAACAUGGCCGCCCGCACCAGGGAGGAAGCCGAGAUCUGGAACCAGAGAAAGAUGGAUGUCAUGGUUACCAGAGCAGGACAGCGCGAGCAGGAAGUUCGUGAUUUAAAGAGGGAGCUCUCAGACAUGGUGCGCCUGAUCCAGAAGCUCAAUGGGGACCUGGAAACUCUCACAAGGAAGGAGGAGUCCCUGAAGAAGGACAUCACAGAUGCGGUGACAGAGGGCGACCAAAACUUAGAGAAGUCCCGGGAGACCAUCACCCAGCUGGAGGAGGCCUUGAGGCGGGCCAAGCAGGACUUGGCUAGACAGAUCCGUGAAUACCAAGAGCUCAUUAACCUCAAGCUGGGCCUGGACAUUGAGAUCGCCACCUAUCGCAAGCUGCUGGAGGGCGAGGAGCAGAGAAUGAGGGAGUUCAUGCGCCAAGCAGACGUUCAUCUGUUGUCAAAGAAACACCUGCCAGAGAGGCCACGAACCCCAGAACCCACUGUCGUCCCACCAACCACCACUAUCCCGGCAACAACACAUAUGUACCCCGCCUCCAAGAAACGCCUCCUGAUCCGGGUGGAAGUAGAAGAAGGCAGAGUUGUGUCUGAAAGCUCCUAUUACACUGAAGGUUAAAUAGCACUAUCCAUCACUCCUGAUGUUGCAGCACUAAAGCAUAUUCACAAAAUUUGAAUGAAAAUUAAGUUAAAGUAUCAUCAUAAAAUUUACUUUUAAUACAAUAAUAAUAAUCUUUGUAUGUGUGCUAUCUGGUAGAGUGAACAGUCUAACAAUAGCUUCUUGGCAGGUUGAACGUUUUUCCUAGAAUCCGUGCUUGAAGUUGGAGACAGUUUGUUUAUAUCAAGCAGUGUUUUUAAAAAAGGAUUUCUUCUCUUUGUUUGCAUUUGGAAAAUACUUGUGGUGUUCUUGGUACCAUCAGUUUAUUCUUUUCAGCUGUCUUCGGGUAGUAGGAGGAUGAUUUUGUCUUUUUGUGAUACAGAAAACCACCAAUCUAACUGUGUAAAGGUUUUUUUGAGGACGAGAACAAUAAAACAAGGAACUUGUGCAAUCGAGCAGGUGGUUACAGAGUGUUUCUGCUGUUGGGCCACAUAAUUAUCAUAUCAGGAAGAACAUACACAGAGAUAACAUUUCCUAGACUCACAAGAACUCACUUUUUUUAGAGGUCUGUAUUGAUUUGGGGUUUGCAACUGUAUAUUUUCAACAGCUUUUCAUGAGGUAAAUACAAAACAUUCUGGUGCUGUGUUCCGCAUCUUUACAAUGUAUGUUGCAACAGUGAAAUUUUUAUUUGCAAGCCUGUAAACUGCAGAACUGAAUUGUUUUCUCUCUCUCAUUUGAACCUGCACUGUUGUACCUCAAAUAAGCUAAAGUAAUCACAAGGCAGUCAGAAGAAAUAUGAGUUUACUGUUAGGGUAACAAGUAUUGGCAAUGGAAUUCAUUUAAUAAAUAUAUAACAAGA